UUUUCCUCUUCUUUUUUUUUAAUUUUUUUAACAUCCUUUUUCUUUCCUCUCUUAUUAUUUGGAAAACAUUCAAUCAUGUCAUCACUUUCAGAUUUUUUAUCAUCAUAUAAUUUACAACAAUAUUAUCCAGCCUUUUUGGAGAUUGGUGCCACAGAUCAGGAUUUACCUCAUAUUUUACAAUUAAAUGAACAAGAAUUAUCUGAAAUCUUACCUGUCAUACAGAUGCUUCCUUUUCAUUCAAUCAAAUUCAAAAAAGCCAUACGUGAACAUCGACUUUUAUCAUCUAUGUCGAAAAAUAAUUUGAAUUCAAAUAAUAAUAAUGAUGAUGGUGAUGUUGAUGUUAUUCAAUCCUUCAAAAGAACACCUCCUCCUUCACCUCAUCAUUCUAAUCAAGUUGAUGAUGAUCAGCAUACGAAUGAAAAAUUAACUCUUUCACACGCAGUGAUCUACGGUAAAAAUAGCACAAGGCCAUUAACAAGUUAUGAAAAGGCGAUCAAUCGAGCAAGCAUUCAACUAGUACGACAAGAUACUUCACUGUUGAUCCAAAAAGGGAAACUUUUUGACAUGGCGAAAAAGAAGUUAUUAGACGAGGGUUAUCAAUAUAAACGUGGUAAAAGCCGAUCCAAAUUAAAAAGCGAUAACGAUAAUACGAUGCCAACAUCAACUACAACAACGACAACUAUUAUUACUAAUAAUAAUACAUCGAUCAUUGGAAAUACCCAAUCUAUCAAUACGGGACAAUUGAAACGUAAGGAACAUGCCACAAGACAAUCAGAACAAAGACUAUGCAAGUUACAAAGUUUACAAACCGAAUUGGCCAACAUCAAGCAAACCAUCCUUCAUACUGAUGAUCUACAAAAAAGAACAGAAUUGGAAACAACCAAACGUGAAAUUGUCAAGGAAAUUGGUCGACUCAAAGCACAAGAACGUAAACAUCAAUGGUAUAAAAGGAAAUCUCAAUUACGAUACCAACAACAACAACAACAACAACAAAUUGAUGUUCAAAAAAGUACACAAACCAUACUUAUAUCGCCAUCCUUGGAUGAUCAUCAUCAACUUUCUCCCUUAAAUCAUCAUCAUCAUAGAAUUCUUCCUCUUCCCUCUCCUCCACAUACAACACAAUCACCACCACAAUCGGCAUUCAUGUCUUGUAGUCCUUCCCCUCCUUUAUUACCAUCACCAUCUUCAUCAUCUUCGCCUCCUUCCUCUUCUGAGUUUUAUUUUCGUCCAUUGGUCUCACCAAGUCAUCAACAAAGUGAUCCACCAUCAUCCCCUCAGAGUGAUACACGUGCCAAAGUGUUGACUGUACGAGAUUGUUGUACCUUUGAUUCUUCAUGAUGAUCCCUUCCAUAUGUUUCCAUUUCUUUUUCUUCUUUUUUUUUUCUUUCAAACUACUAAUAAAAAUAAAAUAUAAUCAUAUUGAUGGAUGAUCG